UAGUUUCAUUUCCUAUGUGUAACAAUCGUGAAAACCUAAGAACUCGAUAUUUACCUAAUUACUCCCUUGGCAGUCACAAAAGAGCUUCGUCACUCAUUCAAAGUCACGAUAACUGCGUACCGCCGAGUGUAACGCCAACGGAACAAGCGCUCAGAGGGAUGUCGCAAGCACGCCUGAAAAGUUUAAAGAAAGAAUCUGGAGGGGGAAACACUGCGAGGAUCCCACUACACAAUCAGCAACCCGGAACGUCGUAUGCCGUUCAUCGAAGCGCGCAAUGCAACUUUUCAAGGCAGCGGGCCGCGAGAGGAGGCGCGGGCUAUGUGCUCAGUCAGGACUCAGGAGGUCAACGCUACCGCCAACGCUACUAUCACAAGGAGAUUGCACGGUGUUGUUACGUCUCGAGAGCUUCAUAGUGCGAUCCAGCGGCUGGAGGUGGUAAUCUUCGGACAGAUGCAGCAACUCUGGCAGAGCCUAGACGCGCUGCGGGCACAGCUGUCUACUGGCCAUAGCGCCAAGUACCCUGAUCGCCGAUCUGUUGUCCUCCAGUUCAAACCCGAUAUGGGCUAAUGGUCCAUUUACACGAAGCCAAUAGAGGAGACAUUCCACAAAACAAAGCCAUUAAGCCAAUCCAGUGAAAAGUACGAAAAUCGCAACGUCCAUCUACAUUACAGCCAGUAUUACAAUAAGUUUAUUUUUAAUACAGUUGCUCAAAACGUGGUAUUUUUCGAACUACAAAUCAUGCCGAAAGUUGGAUUUUUCGCACUAGUGCUCCACUUUUCUUUUUUUUUAAAUUAAC